AUGGGGGGUCUUCAGGCUGCUGCCAAAAAGCCUACAAAUUUGUCAAAAGUCAGUCAGGUUUUACAGGGACAGAUGGAAGCUCCAGCACAGUUUCUGGAAAGGCUUAUGGAGGCCUAUAGAACCUACACUCUUAUUGACCCUGAGGCACCAGAGAACCAACGAGCCAUAAAUAUAGCCUUUGUGACUCAAUCAGCACCUGAUGUCCAUAAAGAAUUGCAGAAGCCGGGUAGUUUUGAAGAUAAGAAUCUCUUUAAAUUACUUGAAAUAGCCCCAAAAGUUUUUAACAACCAUGAGACCCAGGAAGAAUGUGAGGAACGUCACACCCAAAAACUGGCCCGAGCCCUGGCACUAAGAGAAGGAGAAUGCCCUCCAAGAAAAUUUCAUCUGGGAAAACAGAACUGGCAGACUGGACCACCUCCUAAAAACAGCCCUCUCAAGAGAGACCAAUGCACCUACUGCAAGGAGAUGGGACACUGGAUUCGAGAUUGCCCUCAACAUCAUAAAGGAAUUCAAAAGUGCAUUGAGACUUCUAGUCCAGGAGAUGGUGAUGCCCACAUUCACGGAGGAUCUAUUCCCCCUACUCCCCCUUCAGUGAAUCCUCUCUGGAAAUGCCCACCUGGACAGAUCCAGAAGUAUGAGUCCCUGAUCUCCUACAUGGUUCUAAUUCCAAUGAAGUUAACAACAAAAGCCAACCACCACAAGGAGCUAUCCACAACAAUUCAUUUUGCCGAAGGCAUCAAUCAAACCAGAAGAUGGUUUUACACCCUUCUGGUGCUGGCUACAGCUCUCUUCAGACAGCCUUUCAAGAAUGUGAUUGUGAAUGGACUCAUCUUGGCAAGCGAUGGCUAAAAAAUGAGCAAGUGGAAAAAGAACUAUCCAGAUCUAGUUUCCAUCAUCAGUAAAUACGGUGCUGAUGCCCUCAGAUUGUGUCUGAUCAAUUCCCCUAUGGUGAGAGUAGAAAACCUUCACUUUAAAGAGGAGGGUGUGAGGGAUGUCCUCAAGGAUGUGCUGCUCCUAUGGUACAAUGCAUACCGCUUCUUCAUUAGGCUCCACAAGGAAGAAGAAAUGGAAUUUCUCUACAAUGAGCACACGGUUAGAGAAAGCCCCAACAUCACUGAUGGGUGGAUCUUGUACGGAAAGUGGUCGGGGACAAUCUUGUCCAUCAUGCAGUCACUCGUUGGGUUCUUUGAGACCAAAAUGGCAGCUUAGAGGCUAUAUAUUGUGCUACCUCACCUGGUCAAGUUUGUAGAUAUUCUGACCAAUUGGUACGUCCGAAUGAACCACAGAAGAUUGAAGGGUGAGAAUGAUGAAGAUUGUGUUAUGGCUCUGGAGACAUUGUUCAGUGUCUUGCUUUCUCUGUGCAGACUGAUGGCCCCUUAUACACCAUUUCUCAUUGAACUGAUGUACCAGAAUCUAAAGAUGCUGAUUAACCCUGUUUCUGUCCAGGACAAGGACACACUCAGCAUCCACUACCUCAUGCUACCAGGUGUUCGGGAGGAACACAUUGACAGGAAAACAGAGAGUGCAGUAUCUAGAAUGCAGUUGGUGAUUGAACUUGGGUGAGUGAUCCGAGACUGGAAAACUAUUCCAAUAAAGCAUCCUUUGAAAGAAAUAGUGGUCAUCCAUCAAAAUCCAGAAACUCUGGAAUACAUUAAAGAAGUAAUCAUUGAGGAAUUAAAUGUUCGAAAAGUCACACUGUCUACUGAUAAAAACAAGUAUGGCAUUUGGUUAUGUGCUGAACCAGAUUACAUGGUCCUUGGGAAGCAUCUAAAGGGAGCCUUUAAAGCAGUGAUGAUGGCCAUCAAGCAGCUGAGCAGUGAGGAGCUGGAGCAGUUCCAGAAGAGUGGGAACGUUGUUGUGGAAGGCCAUGAAUUGCAUGAAGAAGACAGUUGCCUCAUGUAUACCUUUGACCAGGCCACCGGAGGGACUGCACAGUUUGAAGCACACUCUGAUGCUCAGGCUUUGGUUCUCUUAGACAUCACACCUGACCAGUCUAUGGUGGAUGAAGGAAUGGCUUGGGAAGUCAUCAAUCGCAUCCAGAAACUUCGAUCUAUUCCAACUGAUAAAAUAACAGUGUAUUAUAAUGCAAAAUCUGAAGGAAGAUACCUGAAUAAUGUAUUUGAAAGCCACACUGACUUCAUAUUCGCCAUUAUAAAGCCUCCCUUGAAACCAUAUCCAGUUCCUGUAUCAGGUAACAUCCUUAUUCAAGAACAAACACAGUUAAAGGGGUCUGAACUGGAAAUUACACUCACCAAAGGAUUGCGUGUACCUGGUCCUGCUUGUGCCUAUGUAAACCUUAACAUCUGUGUAAAUGGCACUGAACAAAGUGGAGUAUUGCUUCUGGAGAACCCAAAAGGUGAUAAUAAAUUGAAUCUUUUAAAGCUAAAAAUCAUCGUUACUAGCAUUUUCAGUGUUAAAAAUGUAGAGCUGUCAGUCUUCCAUGGUGAAACAGAACUACAAAACCAAACUGGCUUGCUGAGUCUCAGUGGAAAAACCCUUCGCUUGACUGCAGGAACAGCCCCAUCCGACAAUAGUCUCAGCACUCUGCCGUGUCAGUAUAUCAACCUGCAACUCCUAAACGCCGAGCCACAAGAGUGUUUAGUGGGAACCGUGGGUACUCUCCUGCUUGAAAAUCCACUUGGGCAGAAUGCACUCACCCAGCAAGGUCUUAUGUAUGAGGCAGCCAAGGUGUUUGGACUGCGGAGCAGGAAGCUAAAGCCGUUUCUGAAUGAGACACAAACACAUGAACUUACAGAAGAUAUCCCUAUGAAGACUUUGAAUACAAAGAUUGUGUGUUUCUCUUACCAAGGACUGCAGACAGUUAAUAGUUAUCAAUUUGAUCAGAUAAGCAAGGAGAAGCUCUUCAGCACUAGUAUUUGGCAGCUUUUGUUUGCGUCAGCGUUUGUCAGCAGUGAGUAG